AUGUUUGGACCGAUAAAUCAAAUAUUUUAUGAUGCUCCAAGAAUGGAUUCUUUAGUCAAAACUCCAACGAAAGUUCAAACGCCGAGUUCGGGUCCUAAGGAAUUAGGUGAAUUUAUGGCUGAC